CUUUCAUCAACUAAACAUGAGGGUCAACAUCGCUUCCUGCUUUUUUUAUGAGCAACGUGGGGCACAAGAAAGGGAAAAUGGAGGAUUUCGCCACUUCCUACACCUCUAGCCGAGUUUAUGCAUAUAUCAAAGUCAUCAGCUUCUGUGUAUAAAAGAUUAUUUUCAAUGGGAAACAGCAAAGGAAGAAUUCCAAAAAUGCUUUCGUGCUCUUCGCCGAGUCGAGACAGCUCCGUAAAUACUUCAACUUCAAAAUCAAGUUCUGUUAGUCAGUCAUCGGCACAGAUCAAUUCAGUUUCGCCAGAUAACUUCCGCAUCAUUAAAAAAAUUGGGAAAGGAAGCUUCGGAAAGGUAUAUGCUGUUGAAAAAAGAGGUACAAAGGAGUUAUUUGCUAUGAAGGUGAUUGAAAACGAAGAAAGCAGCGAAAAAGAUCAUGUUAAAAGCAUCACCAAAGAAGUCGAAAUCCUUUCCUCACUAAAUCAUCCUUUUAUUGUUACUCUGUGGUAUGCUUUCGUCGAUGAAGACAGUAUUUAUUUAGUCUUUGAAUUAUUGUCGGGAGGUGAUCUUCGGCACUGCAUCGAAGAAGAUAAUCGUCUUCCUUCAAGGAAAGUUGUAAUCUAUUUAUGUGAAGUAGCUCUUGCUUUGGAUUAUCUGAAAGCAAAAAAUAUAUUGCACAGAGAUAUCAAGCCAGAAAACUUAUUGCUCGACGAACAUGGUCACAUUCGUCUGAUCGAUUUCAACAUUGCUAUCGAAUUGAAAGAUGGUGAACUGGCCACGUCCAUGUGUGGUACGAAGCCCUAUGUAGCUCCUGAAGUUUAUCGAUGUCUUCUGGACUUGGGCCCUGGAUAUUCAUUUCCAGCAGAUUGGUGGUCUUUAGGAAUAUGUGGGUACGAGAUGUUAAGCGGAAAGCGGCCAUAUGACAUACAUUCAACCACAUCCUUAGAAGACACCUUAGGAAUGAUUUUACUGUCAAAUCUCACCUUUCCCAUCUACGUAGAAAAUGGAAUGAGGGAUUUGAUUUCACAGAUUUUAUGUUCUGAUGUUGACCAGAGAUUGUGCAGUGUGGAUAGGAUGAGAAAACAUCCUUAUUUAAAAAGCAUUGAUUUUAAUCACAUAUAUGAAGAAGAAAUCAUGAAGACUGUAAAUCAAAUCAAUGAAUAAAUGUGUUAGUUAAUUUUAA